GUCUUCAGUUGUUUGAGCAGCCCCGAAGCGAGCGGUGCGAGUGCUGCUCUUCCGACAGAUAGAAUCCAAUCCGCAACGUAUCCAAACGUAUCCGAACGCGAGUGCACGUAAUUGGAGCAAGCGGAUCGCCCGUUAAUUGCUGGCGACGGUAAUUGCAGGCCGCCGCAUACCUGCCAACUGCUUGAGGUGUUCCCCGUUCGUUAAUGUGUCAAUUGAUUGAUUGGCCCGCGACCCGUGAUUGACGCGCGUUUCACUCACCGCGAUGCUCUCGAAGAAGCGCUGGUGGAAGAUCCGGCUGCUGCAGGUGGGCAAGCAGGACCAGUCGAGGAACUACCGGGACAUCGUCAAUCUGAGCGAGUGCUCCUCGGUGCUGGCCAACACGGCCACCACAAUUAGCGACAGCUCCACCACCACCGCCAGCAGCGGCAGUCCCACCCGCCACCGGAGCUGCGACAGCCUCUCCAAGAGCUCCCAGGCGGAGGCGGGCAAGCUCUUCCCCCGGAACAUGCCCAGCAUACGGCGGAGUCGCCGCAGGGCUGUGUCCGCGGAAAGGGAGCGCCUGGCUAGCCGGGGGCGGCUGGAGGAGCAGGUGCAGCCACCGAAAAUGCCGCAGAUAGGGGCUGGACAGCAGUCCCGGCUAUCGACGGUGACCAAGCUGACGCCCAGGAAGCAGAGUGGCAAGUCCACGUGCUCCAAGAGCAGGAGCAAUCCCCCCGCGAAGUGCAUCAUUAAGUCGGCAGUGCGAGCCAAGACCAAGCCAAAGGCCACGAUCACCCUGGCACCCUACGAAAUAGCCCUGGAGCUGCCCAACGAAUCCCCAGCUCCCACUUUGGCCAUGGCAGUGGCCCAGUCAUCCGGUUGCGUGCAGAGGAAGCUGAGCAGCGAGGAGCAGUUUCACUCCUCGGGUAUCUCCUGCAACGGGGAGACCGACGACGACGUGGAGGUGGCCAUGCUGACCGGCAGCCUGACGCCCUCCCAGAUAGCCAGGAUCCAGGGGCAGCAGCUCCUGCCCUUUGGCGACCUGAGAAACCUGAACCGCUGCCGCAACAGGAACGCCGUUUGGCUGAAUCCCAAGGAUACGGAGCAGCUCCUCGAGGUAGACAGGAGCAGGAGCGGGAGCAGCAGGGAGGCCCACUGCUACUUCAACAAGGCCAUUGCUGACGAUAUCCAGCUUAGCGAUAUUGAAGAACAAUUGGCCAGGUUUGAUGGCCACUCAAAGAGGCCGCCAGCGCCGGCAGCGACAGCUUCCAAAACCACCCAGGCCAACCCAGUCAUCGGAAAAUUCAAGCCCACGCCCGCACCCCGCUCCUCCGGCAACAUGCAGCAGGCACCGCAGCAGCAUCCGCAGCAGCAUCCGCAGCAGCAUCCGCAGCAGCAGCAUCCGCCCAGCAGCAGCUACUACACGCAGACCGAAAGCGAGCUGCUGCAGAUUGAGGCGGGCGGCACGGGCCUGACCUUCGCCGCCCACUCGCAACGCCCCGAGUCGGCGGUCAGCCAGGUGGCAUCCACCGCCCACCUGGACGUGCCCUCGGCCGCCUCCAGCGGCAGCGGGGGCAGCGGGGGCAGUGCAGUCAGUGGGGGCAGUGGCGGAGCCCCGGAAUCAGCGGGUCGCUUCGUGUCCCCGCUGCAGCGCCGCCACUGCCAGCCGCCCAGCCACCUGCCGCUGAACUCGGUGGCCUCCCCGCUCCGCACCGCCGGCUACAAGUCGGCGGCGGCGGUCGCGGGUCACGGCUUCCACCACAGCCACCACCAGCAGCUGGACUUCCAGCGGAACUCGCAGUCGGACGACGACAGCGGCUGCGCCCUCGAGGAGUACACUUGGGUGCCGCCGGGUCUACGGCCCGACCAGGUCCGCUUGUACUUCAGUCAACUGCCGGACGACAAAGUGCCCUACGUCAACAGUCCCGGCGAAAAGUAUCGCGUCAAGCAGUUGCUGCACCAGCUGCCGCCGCAAGAUAACGAAGUGCGCUACUGCCACUCGCUCAGCGACGAGGAGCGCAAGGAGCUGCGCAUCUUCUCGGCCCAAAGGAAGCGGGAGGCCCUCGGCCGCGGAGCGGUCCGUCUGCUGUCCGACGAGCGACCCUGCAAGGGGUGCGAGGAGCCUUUGUCCGGCGGUGACAUCGUGGUCUUCGCCCAGCGGCUGGGCGCCCAGUUGUGCUGGCAUCCGGGCUGCUUUGUGUGCAGCGUCUGCAAGGAGCUGCUGGUGGACCUCAUCUACUUCCAGCGGGACGGGAACCUCUACUGCGGUCGGCACCACGCCGAAACCCAGAAGCCGCGCUGCUCCGCCUGCGAUGAGAUCAUCUUCUCGGACGAGUGCACGGAGGCGGAGGGCAGGACGUGGCACAUGAAGCACUUCGCCUGCCAGGAGUGCGAGCACCAGCUGGGCGGGCAGCGGUACAUCAUGCGCGAGGGCAAACCGUACUGUCUGGCCUGCUUCGACACGAUGUUCGCCGAGUACUGCGACUACUGCGGGGAGGUGAUCGGCGUGGACCAGGGCCAGAUGAGCCACGACGGGCAGCACUGGCAUGCGACGGACCAGUGCUUCAGCUGCUGCACCUGCCGCUGCUCGCUGCUGGGGCGGCCCUUCCUGCCCCGGAGAGGCACCAUCUACUGCUCCAUCGCCUGCAGCAAGGGUGAGCCGCCCACGCCGUCGGAUACGAGUUCGGGUCCACAGCUGAGACCCACUCACCGGGCUUCCACCUCCAGCCAAAUAGCUAGAUCCCCGCGCAGAGGGGGAGAGCGGGAGCGGGAUCCGGGUCGGAAGGCCCACCAUGGUCACCCCAAGGCCACGGGCAGUGCCGGCGAUCUGCUCGAGCGACAGGAGAGGCAGCGCAUGGAGGCCGCUGGAGUGGCAGAUCUGCUGCUCGGAGGAGGGGUUCCCGGCAUGCCACGUCCGGCCCAUCCACCGCCCAUUGACCUCACCGAGCUGGGCAUCAGCCUGGACAACAUUUGUGCCGGCGACAAGUCCAUCUUCGGAGACACCCAGACUCUGACCAACUCCAUGCCGGACAUGCUGCUCUCCAAGGCAGACGACUCACACAGUUACCAGAGCAUCGACAAGAUCAACCUGAACUCGCCCAGCAACUCCGAUCUGACGCAGAGCACCCAGGAACUGGCCAACGAGCUGGAGCUGGACAACGAGCCGGUGCGGGAGCUGCCCCACGAUGGCUACGAGCAGCUCUUUGCCAACAAUCGCAAUCAGGAGCACCCGGCCGAAGAGGAAGUGGACGACGAGCAGCUGGACAACCGGCCGUUGAAGGAGGUGCGCUUCCACAGCGUCCAGGACACCAUGUCGCGCUCCAAGAGCUACACGGAUAACUCCAAUGCGCGGCGGCGGAGGAGGCGUCGCAACCAGUCGCGCAGCUCCUCGGAGAUGCAGAUCAACCAGACGAACCUCCGCCUGCACAACGCCCAAACACAGGUGGGAACGACGCCCCUCAACCUGCUGAACAACCUGGACAACUGCGACGUGGCCAGCAUCUGCUCCACCUGCUCCUCCAGCUCCUCAAGCGACAUGGACGACUACGUGUACCGCCUGCCUGCGCGGAAACACUACGGCGGAGUACGAGUAGCCUACGUGCCCAAUGAUGCGCUGGCCUACGAGCGCAAGAAGAAGAUGGCCCAGGACUCGACCCUCGCCCCCGGAGGAGGCGCUGCAUCCGUGGGCGGCGCACCGGCGAUCCUGCAUGAGAGCAAGAACUGCACGAUUUCCUGACCACCCCCCAUGCUGCCGCCGCCGCCCUUCAACCUGAGCAGCUACUACAUCCUGGACACGAUCCUGGAGGAGCAGAGUCUGAUGCUGCCGGAGAAGAAGCCCGGCUGCCUGCGGAGAGUGUGGAACUUCUUCGGACUGGGCAAGCCCCGCCACUCCAACUCCCAGCACAGCAGCAACGGAAGGCUGUACAGCGUGUAGCUGUGGAAUGAGGUUUAAGAGUGGAGUUUUUAGCACGGUUGCCAACUGAGGGAAGAACCCCAACAAAAAAAGAUUGGUUCUGGACUUGAAGUAAGUCUGGGUUAAUGUUUAAAAAUGUAUAUAGGGAUGGGAUGACCCGCGGUUUUAACUAUAUACUUGUAUUGAAUGGCAACCGUGGCUGUAAAUAACAUAUCGUCAUGUAUAAUACACUUAAUAAGAAGGAACAUAUGAGAUCAGAGAUGAGAGAAAUCGUUGUACAAAGCUGAAACUAUAUCAUAUUUGCAUAUUCAUAUACACAUGCCCAGUCGGGGGCAUUACCGUAGGUUUAAGUUUUUCUAGAGCUAGACUAGGCGAACAAAACAAACGAAAAGUAGAGACCACAAUCAUCACAAUCAACGAACAAUAAACUCCAGCGAAAUCCUAUCGAUGGCCAACAAAAGAAUCUCCGAAAGAGUGAAAGUAUCUUAGCCAAACGUGCAAUAAUUUAAAAUGGCAUCGCAGAACGCUAAAUAAACUUCCAAACUUCCAGCAAAGCGAAACACAGAUAUGUGAAGCCAUUAGCAUUUGCCACAUUUGCGGUUUCUUUUCUUUCUUUGGACAUUUUGUUAAUCAAAUCGAAUUGAAGAUUCUUUUGUUCGCGAGCCAAGCAUUUAUGUAAUUUGCGUGCUUUCUCCGCGGCGCGAAAGGAAAUUGUUAUAUAAAAGCUUGUGUCCAGAAUACUUUUGUAACCAACCAGUGAGAGUUAAACGAAACUUAUUUCUAAGCUAUGCUAUAUCAACAAGUGUGUAUGGAAACAUAAUCAAAAGUAAAAUAUAUGUCUGUGUAUUUUAUUCUUAACAA